AAAAGAAAUUCACUCCCAUUUUAAAAGUUUACUCGAAAUCGGGAUUUGGCGCCCCCUUGCGGGCCAUCUCGGAAAAUCCCAGUGAACAACCCACCACCCCAACUGGAACUGCAGCUCUCAUCGCUCAGCGCGCUCGCUCUGCGCCUCCAUCCGGACAGCUCGGGUUCUCCAGCGGGCGGAGCACAGACAUGCACUCCGGCCGCGUUAAGGAGCCUCACGCAGACUGAAAUCUUUUCUGUUUCUAGUAAAAAAAAAAAACUCCGACAAGAAUCUGAAAGUACCUUCGAGACGCUUAAUUCGUUCCGUUUUUCCUCAUGUAAAAAACAGACCGCGCCAGGUGUUGAUUUAGCUGGAGAGCUAACGGCUAGGACACGGAGACGGAGGAGAACAUGGCCGAGUGUCAGUGCGACGUCUCCGGCCACGGCUCUCGGCGCUGCCCGCUCAGGUCCGCCGCGGAGGGGUCGUCCAAGUGGGUGCGUCUCAACGUGGGGGGCACGCAUUUCCUGACCACGAAGCAGACCCUGUGCCGGGAGCCCAAGUCCUUCCUGUACCGCCUGUGCCAAGCGGACCCCGAGCUGGACUCCGAUAAGGAUGAAUCAGGAGCAUAUUUGAUCGACAGGGAUCCAGUGUAUUUUGGGCCUGUGCUGAAUUAUCUGCGACAUGGAAAGCUGGUCCUCAACAAAAAUCUGACAGAAGAAGGGGCUCUUGAAGAGGCGGAGUUCUACAACAUCACAUCAUUAAUUAAACUCUGCAAGGAAAAGAUUAGGGAACGGGAUGCCAAGGUUACACAUACUCCGGUGAAGCACGUCUACAGAGUGUUGCAGUGUCAGGAGGAGGAGCUCACUCAGAUGGUUUCCACCAUGUCGGACGGCUGGAAGUUUGAGCAGCUUGUCAGUGUAGGUUAUGGGCGGGCACAGAAGUCAGAGUUUCUCCUGAUUGUGUCUCGGGAAGUGAAGGGGGAGGAGUCAAGUCAAACUCACCUUGCCCACAGCGGAGAGCUGGUCAACAUCGGUUCCUCCUAUAACUAUGGUAGCGAGGACCAGGCAGAGUUCCUGUGUGUUGUCUCCAAGGAACUUCAUAACCAGUCAUAUGGUAACAACAGCCAACCAAGUGAGAAAGCCAAGAUUCUUCAGGAGCGAGGGUCUAGAAUAUGAGCUUCUGAAAUGCCCAAGCAUUCAAACGUAUCAGCACAUGAACCGGAACAUUCCACGAGCAUGUUCAAAACAUGUAGCAUGGCCACGGAUACCGACACUCCAAACCUCUUAGAAUGCGCAGACUGCGCAUGAAGAAUGCACGAACCACACAUGAGCACGCCAGCACUGAGCUGGUCUACUGUAGUCAAGUCUCUAUAUGCAGCAUAUUUUUUAAAAAAUGAAAGGCCCUGCACAGUGAUUUUGACCUUGCCCUGUGGUUUCAGUAUUCUAGGGGAGUCAGAUUUGGUAGAGAAUUGUCAGUUAUUUCAGAUUAUUUCACGGCCUAAGAUGGCACAACAGUCACUCAUUUAAAAAAAAAAAACUCAUAGCGUACCACAGACUUUUUAGUAGAACUGUCAUAUCUGUAGGAAAUAUGUAGGAGACAUAUAAAAAGGACAUGUUGAAAACAUAACAAACAUUCCAAAAUCACUGUGCAAGCCUUUAAACUAUAUUUAAUUUUGAUAGAAGUGGCUUUAACUGCACUUUUAGCUUAUAGUGAUUCUGCGCUGUAAAGGAGGAAAACAUGACUGAUCUAAAUCUCAGGGAUCUGAUCCAAAUGUGGAAAAAGCAAACACAAUCAGUUCUCUCUCUGGCCGCUAAUCCAGCCUUCCGUAGCUUUAUUGCUGUAGCCCUCUAUCCAGUAAAACCCACGUUUGAAUGCCACAUUUCAUAAACUAAUGUUUAUUAUGGAGAGAAGUCUCAAGUUUAGAUUAAUCCAUGAUUUGGAGAGCCCUUUGGGGAACUGAUUCAACUGCAUUCCAGUUCAGCCUUUACACCAAGAGAGGUGUGUCCUCAGGUUUACCAGUGUAUUCUCAUGAUUCCAAAAAAUGUGGUAGUAAUACCACUACUACUGUUAAUAAUAAAUAUUAAUAAUAGUAAAAUAUAUUAAUUGUACUCUACGAAUAUUUCCAGUUCAAAGUUGUAAUAAUUCUGUUAUUAUUAUUAUUAUUAUUGUUAUACAUUCAAAGAUGUUUGUAGAAUUUGGUUACCCAUUUACUAAGUGACAAUACUUGCUGCAUCUUAUCAAUAGAGGAAAAUAAGGGAGAAAAACGUUUGUAGAAAAUAAAGCAAGGAGAGCAGACAAUCAUCUGAUACCCGCACUCCAGCUGUCCGAUACACCACUUUAGAUACUCCAACUUAUUUUGGAUCAUUUUAAUGUACUUGCUGUAAUAUCCAGAAAACUGAUCCUGUACUCCUAUAGAAUCUUAAUUGUGUAUAAAAACUUUCACACUGUGAGUGAUGGACUUAAGUUUCUGCUGACUCACAUGUGGACCCCGAAGAAUUGCACAGCACAUAUAUACGAGCUGUCACUCUUACACUUGCUGUACACAGACUGUUAUGCUAUAAACCGGUUUUUAACAAACA